AAAUAGAUCCAUCUAUCAGUCAGCUGCUGCAUUCAUUUAAAUAUUUGUUUAUUUGGUUCUCUGAAUUAAAAUGUAUUUAUAUAAUUGUCUUCCAAUAAUAUAAAUAAAUCUGAUAUUUUGAAAGAUACAAAUUUGUCAUCGAAUGUGCCAAAUUUUCAAAUAAUUUAAAUUUUCCAUUUAACCUGGGACUUUAAGAAAAAGAGACAUCAAUUGUUUUUAAUUGCACAAACGACAAUGGAAGACGCGAGGUAUCGAGAUGCCGCAAUUUUUGCUGUCGUUUCGGAUUUGGUAAUGACGACGGUUAAUUUGCUCAAAUGGGGGGAAGUAGGAUUUCACAUUAUUGGAUUUUACUUAGGAACACAUAAAGUGGCAAGUCCGAUUUAUACCGUGCCACUUGUUUUUGCCGCAUUCAUACUUCAUUUUGCCGCGCUGUGGACCGCUUACAAAAUGGCGAAGGCUUGUCGGCUGGAAACUCGACUAGAUGAAGGGAUACGAAGAGGGAAAUAUUGGAGAAAUUUGGCCGUUGUGGUAAUUCUGUUCAACAUUCUGGGAGCAUCUACUCUCGGACUGAAAGGGUACACCGGAGGGAUGACGGUCCUCUUCAAUAUUCUUCGGCUAAUUGGGAUUUUUGUGGUGCAUACAUUUGUCGGAGAAUUAGCUACAAUAUUGGCCGAGGCUGAAACAAUAGAAACAACUCAUAUUGUUACGAAUCGCUAAGUUCUGCUGCUAAGAAAGCAAAGAUAUUUUAUCAAAGGAAAAAGAAAUGCCAAAUAAUAAAGAAAUGAUAAAUUCUUAUUUG